CUUUACCUUUUUAUGUAUGUAUACAUAUAUUUAUAAAUAAGUAAACAGCUUCCCUUACUAUCCCCUGUGAGAUGAUUAAGUCCAGAGUCUAAUGUUACCCAACUGCACUAUUGUGAACAGAGUUCUUGUAUAACUAGUGCAAACUUUCCACUUGGAAUGUCCUACCAAGGACCUCCUCCUUCCUAGGCAUUCCAGGUCAGGUUUGCACAGUAAUGGAAUGGAGCGCUGUUCAAGAUGCCUUCCCCUGCGUGUUUUCCUUCACUCCUUGUUAACUGAGCAGUUCUCAUGGUGUCUGAUGACCACAAAGAUGACCACACUACUUUUCUCUGGUGCGUUUUUGGGGCUAGUAGGAAUUACAUUCACCGUGAUGGGAUGGGCAUAAUAUGAAAGGGUCACUCGCUUCGAAUGGACUCAGUUGCUCGGGCCUAUUGUGCUUUCAGUAGGCGUGACUUUUUUGCUGAUUGCUGUGUGCAUGUUUAAAAUGAUUGCUUGCAAAUCAUGCAGCCCAAAUGAAGGAACAGCAUCUGACACAGGCCAGACUCCUAUUGGACAAUCUGUUGUUUUCACUAGGAUUAGCCAGGCUAUAAACUUCCACGGUGCUACAGUGGUGCAGUACAUCCCUCCUUAUUCAGCCCAGGAAGGUAUUGGCAUGAAUUUUCAUCAAGUAUUGAGUCAUCCUGGAAUUCCUCCAUUCUCCAGGCCACUAAUUCCCGCUUUGAGCCCUCCUUGUUACUAUAAUGUCAACCCCCUGAAACUGCUUUUUCUGCAGAUGAGAAUUACUCUGCUUAUCUUCCUGCAGACACCAGAAUCGGAAGCUUUUCAGUUUAUAAAAUUCUUUCUUUCCCUUCAUCACAUUUCCAAGUCAAGUGACAGUCUCCAAGAACUAAAAGAGAUUCUGAAUGAAGAUCUUUACAGUGACACAUCUCCCCCACCAUAUGAGAAACUAUUUCCACAGUGGUCAUAAAUAUCAUAAAAAGGCAACCCUGACACUUCUAUGUAAGGAACAGAGAUUGCUUCUUGAAAACAUCCACAUAUACUUGAACAAAUAGGAACCAAAGAGACUGAGGAUUGUCAAUUGAGGUUUUGGCUUGGUGAUAAGGUCUUGCUGAGAACAGGUGUUGCUCAUUUACCGGGCACCUGAGACAAAUGCAAGCAAACAUUCCUUCCAAAUGUGAAAAAUUUUGCAUUUGGCUCCAUAUUUUAAAACCACCUGGCUGGUUGGACUGCUCACCUAGUUUUUCCUGGGCUGUUGAUUUUCUCUAUUCUCAGGAGUCAAAGAGUACGUGAGUGGUUACUCUUGGGUACUGAAUUUUAUUCUAGGUCACAUGUAGAGCCUAACUCACAUUAAGCAGCACAGGUACUCAUAUAUUUUUUGGUUGCCUAGAAUUCCUAAAAACUGUGGUUCAAAAGUAUUGCUGUCACCUUGCAGCUGAGAGUACGCAGAGCCACUGGUGGGCUCGUGCAGAGGAACAAAUAAUAUGAAUUAGUGCUUCAUUCUGUCCGCAGUGACAUACAGAUGCCAGGAUUUGGCCAGCUGUCAUAACCAGACAAAUUGGCUCUUCCCUGUCUUCCUGGCCAGAUCAGAAGUCCACCAGCAGUUUUGCAUGGUGCUGACAGCUGUCACCACUUGGUGAAGAAGGCUCUCUGCACCAGGUCAGUUUUAUCAAACUGUGCCUUGUUGCAAUCCUGUUUUGCUGCUCCUGUGAUUUUAUUUAGUGCUGUGGUUUUUGUUUAAUCAUUGUAACGAUCGAUCUACUGUUUUAAAUUGUAAUAUUUUAUGCAACCUGCCCUGAGACCUUUUGGAAAAGGACAGGCUAUAAGUAUUAAUUUCUAUAGGAGAAAUGGGGGGAGUGGAGGAGGUACCUACCAAACAUCAUUAUAAAAAUAGCAUGAGAGAGGCAUGAGGAUAGAAAAGCCAAGGCUUUCAAUGUCUGUGUGCUAAUCCACAGAGCAUGGGAAGUAAGCAAAGCAAAUUUGAAUUCCUAGGGUUGGGUAUGAUGAACUAAUUGUGUGAGCAGGGUGACUUCUACUUGCACAACAGAACUUUUCCUCUCCUCCAUCACCUCCCCUCCCCUCCAGCCUCCCCCCAAAUCUGCUCUCAGGACUCCCUCAACCCUCCAAAGCAAAUUUGGGGGAAUGAAGGGAAAACACAUGGAGGAGAGGGAGGGUAAAUGCCCUUCUGCAGUGACUUGAGGUGCAUUCAGACAUGGGAAAUGUUGCUUUAGU